UUCCACUGUGCGCCAGUCAACUAUGAGUUUUUGCUGAAAACGCAAAAUUAGACAAUUGAUAAGUGGUUUGAUCGAAAUAUUGAUGCAAAAUGUACCGUUUAUGUUAGCGAAAUGGGUGACGAAACUAAGGAAGAGCGACAGGACAACGAAGUGGCGGCUUUGGAGUCAAUAUUUGGUGAUGCAGUGUCUGACAACCGAGUGCAGAAUGCAUGGAAGGUGUGGCGUCCACUGGACCUGAUGCUGACACUCCAUCCGUUGCAUAAUUCUGGUGUGCAGGGCAUCCAUUGCUCUGUUACGUUACAUAUAACAUGCUGCCCGAACUAUCCUGAUAAGCCUCCCGACUUGAAGAUCCACAAAAUGCAUGGUCUGUCAACGGAGAACGCUGUGAAACUCCUGGAUGAGCUGAAUGCAUUGGCUCAACAGUUGUGUGGGGAAGUCAUGAUAUUUGAACUAGCUCAGCAUGCACAGCAAUUUCUACAUGACCAUAAUAAGCCUACUCUUUCUUUCUACGAGGAGAUGUUGAAACAGAAGACAGAGAUGGAACAGCUUAAGUUACAUGAUAUGCAAGUGAAGGAAGAUGAAGAGAGAAAGAAAAUAAAAGAUGAAAUACAACGAAGGGAAGAAAUCCUAAAAGCUGCCGGGAGACAAAGGAUACAUAGAUCUAGUGCCAGUCAAGAAAAUAGCACUGAUGGAACAGAAGCCCCAGAGUUGGUGUACUACGCAGACAAGGCGACACCAAUAAAGAUGUGUCGCAGUGAAAGUGUUAGUGUGGCGUGUACUUGCAACAUCAAGUCUGCACAAGUACUACGCGUCACACAACGGAACAACAAGAAGGUUUACGUUGGGAAUUGUUUAGGUCACUCGUCCAACGGUUCAACAACCUACCUAGCAAUAGACGAUGAGACCGGCGAGCGGCUCAUAACGAAAAAAUGGCUUCUCCCCCCCGCCACAGACUUCCAAACCCGCAGUAGACAACUCAACUCCCUCCAACAAGACUUAAAAAACAUGUAUCGCAUCACCAAAUCAACUUUACUACCGUACAGCGCUCUGGAAAUGUCAAAAGAAACCACUAAACGAACUGUCAAAAUAUGCAUUUACAUUUUUAGAGAUUUCGUUUUAGGCACAUCUUUAAACUACCUCAGGACUAAGUUAAAAGUAUAUAAAGAUAAGUACGAAGCGUUGAAAUUACUUAGGCAUGUAGGUUUAGGUGUGUUCAGUGCUUUAAAAGUGUUACAUGAUGUUGGUGUAGUGCAUAAAGACGUGAGGAGUGAAAAUGUGUUUUUAGAUGAUAGUGGGAAUGUGAAGUUGGUUGGUGCGAGUUUGGACAUGAGGUUGUCGGAGAUGAUGGAGGGAGAAGAUUAUUGUGAUAGACAGACCAGAGCGCAAGAUAUCUACGCGUCAGCACUGAUGCUUCUAUCCAUAGUAUCACAAGACAGUGCUGUGCUCGAAGUACCAUCAGACUUACCUAGUUCUGCAAAAGACUUUCUAUCAAGAUGUUUGACAGAAGAAGAGCAUUCCCAGUGGUCGGCCGAGCAACUUGUCAACCACGGAUUCUUGGUUGACACACCAGUCAUACAACCUAGUACCAACCAUACAGAUGACGUUGGCAGCGGUUCUGAGGACGAAGAUCCAGUGAAGCGGAUACAAAGAACGAGUCUACAGAUGAACGGGCAUUCGCGACUCAACGCAGAGUUUGAGGUCUUAACCUGGCUUGGCAAAGGCGCUUUUGGUGAUGUACUGAAGGUGAAGAACAAACUAGACGGCGGUUUCUACGCAAUCAAACGCAUUCAACUCAACCCUGAGAACGUAAACCUGAACAAGAAGAUAACCCGCGAAGUGAAGUUACUAUCCCGCCUCAACCACGAGAACGUUGUGAGAUACUACAACGCUUGGAUAGAGUCCAGCGUAGAGGUAUCAGAAUGUCCUAGCGAAGAGAAAACUCCUACUAGAAAGCGACCAGGACUGAGUCUCGAAGGCAUUGUGGCGAAAUUGGGGCAAGAGGUGAAGGUGGAAUGGUCCAUGUCAGAAGGCAUCGUGCAGAAAUGCGAGGAUAGCGAGGAUGAAGAUCCAUGGUUCAAUGGCAGUCCCGAAGACGAAUCCAGCGAUGACAUAGAAUUCGAGGACCUAUCAAACAAGUCAGAAACAAUCCCGUCAGAGAAUAUUCCAUCAGACGCGCCAACCCGCCCGCCCUCUGAGAGGCUCAAGCAAGUUCUGUACAUACAGAUGGAGUUCUGCGAGAAGAAUACGCUGCGGCACGCUAUUGAUAAUGGGUUGUUUAAGGAGCAUUACAGAGCUUGGAGGCUGUUUAGGGAGAUAGUUGAAGGGUUGGCCCACGUCCAUCAGAGAGGCAUGAUCCACAGAGACUUAAAGCCGGUCAACAUUUUCUUGGACUCCAACGACCACGUGAAAAUCGGAGAUUUCGGUCUGGCCACCAAAGCUUUCAGUGGAAUGCCGGUUGAUGAAAAAAGUAAACAGGAAGAAAUCAGCGGCUCACUUACUGGUCAGAUCGGCACUGCCCUAUACGUUGCCCCAGAACUCCUACAGUCAGCCAGCAAAGUGAUAUACAACCAGAAAGUGGACAUUUACUCGUUGGGUAUAAUUCUCUUCGAAAUGUUUCAUCCGCCGCUAAGUACGGGAAUGGAACGGAUGGUGGUUCUGACCAAUUUGAGGACAAAAGAUAUCGUCAUGCCAGAGGUAUUCGAGUGCGAGGAUAAUGAGAAGCAGAUUAUUGUUAUAAGGUGGCUACUAAGCCACGACGCAAGCGUUCGUCCAACGUGCGCCGAGCUUCUAUCCAGUUCGCACGUACCCCGCCCAGUAGCCGAAGGCGCAUUAUCAGGACUACUAUCACAUACACUCAGUUCCCGAGGGUCACGUGGUUACCAGAGGCUGAUCGGUGCGUGCCUACAGCAGGUGCCUUCGACCGCAGAAGAUAUCACUUACCAUAAUGGGAUGAGAAGAGUUCAACUGCGGUGGCUGACAGAUCGUGUUGCUGAGGUAUUCAGAAGUCACGGCGCGGUCGAGUUCUCCUCACCACUCUUGACUCCCAGAGUAAAGGCGUGGGACGCUUAUCCCAACGCGGUCAAAGUCAUGACCGCGUCUGGUACCGUCUGUCAUCUGCCGCAUGACUUGAGGCUGCCUUUUGCUAGACACGUGGCAUACUCUGGAUCGAAAUACAUGCGUCGUUACGUCAUUGAUCGGGUGUUCAGGGAAAAACAUGCACCAGGUUUCCAUCCGAGAGAGAUCAUUGAGUGCGCGUUUGAUAUAUUCAACCCUAAGUCAGACACUCUUUGGCCGGACGCCGAGCUCCUGGUAGUCGCAAGCCGGGCAGCUUCUGAAAGCGGCCUUAAAGUGACCAUACAUCUGAACCAUACAGAGCUACUGAAGGCUUUACUAAUGUCCUGUGGAGUGCCAUUGGAUAAACAUGCCGAUAUAUACCCUAUACUUGUUGAUGUUACCUUUGGACGUAUAACCAGUCUUCAGCUCCAAACCCACCUCACAUCCCUCUGCAUCACCAACCGCGACGUCUCCAACCUCCUCGGCCUCAUGGAGGCGGACAUCGCGGUGUACGAAGUGAAGGAGCUCGUCACACGCUUCGUGAAGCAAGCCAAGUGGGCGAAGUUGGUGGCCCAAGCGGUGGCCGAGUUGGAGGCGGUCUAUAGGAACGCUAAGGCGCUAGGGUGCGAGUGCCCUAUAACGGUGGCGCCAUUUCUGGCAUACAACGCGACGCAGCACAGCGGUGUGUUCUGGCAGAUGUCCAUCGCACGCGACGAGCGACAUACGAAACGUAGAGCUGGGGACCUAAUCGCGGCAGGUGGAAGAUACAACGCGUUAGUAGAAGAGUUCCGCAAGAUAGCCCGAACGAAAGAAAUCGACAGUGCCAAGCAAAAAAGCUCGUGUGUCGGAUUUUCCAUGUCUUUAGAAAGAAUGGCUACAAUAGUCAAGAAAAUGGAGUCGGAUACGCCGCAUGCUGUACCGAGCGAGCCAACUCUCAUCUGCGUAAACGUCCAUGGCACAGCCGGCAACGGUCGCGACGGCCUCGCGGCCUCCCAACGAGCGAACCUCGCCCGAGACCUGUGGGCCUCCGGCCUCAGCUGCUGCCCCUGCCCCGGUACUGUGGACCGAGAAAACAGCGGCGCUGGCAUAGUACUGGAGCAUGAAGAGUCUGGGGUUAAAGCAGCCUGGUACAGUGGAGACAGGAUUUUAGAGUUCAAAGUGCCGUAUAUCGACGCAGUGGAUUUUGUCAAACAGAAGUUGAAUCCGGAAACAAUGAGGACGCCUGAAAGUUCGAACAGCCGCCUAUCGUAUCAAAACUGGAACGAAGUGGAAAAGUCCAACAGCCCCAACAUAUCUGUCACAUUUAUCACCGCCAGCGAGAAGAUGACAAAGAACUCUAAGAGAUACUGCGAAAAUUCGAUAAACACCCAGCUGACGUCCACCUUAGUGAACCUAGGCCUACAACCGCUGCUCAGUCGCGUGCGUUGCGCGUGCGUGGCGUUAGCGUGCGACGAGGCCUGCGUGCGCGCGUUGGCCGCGCGUCUCGCCGCGCCGCUGCGCGCGCAGGACGUACAGAAUGCCAUCGCACAGGUGGUUACUGAAUAUCCAAAACGUCAGAAAAUUCUCGAAGAAGCACAAGAAGAAUUGAUAAACAUCAGUAAACAAAGCAGCCAGAGCCGAUCGUCAGACGAAACGCAACUGUACGCAUUGUAUUCCAUACCCGACUCCUUAUGUAGACUUAUUACUUGAAAAUGGAAACACAGCGGUACCUUUAUUGGCUUUGGUACAUCCAGUAGACGUUGCUAAAGAUAUCUCACUUCUACGUAUUGUUGCGUCCCUGUCGUCAGUUACUAAAUUAAGUAAGGUGUGUGAAACGCACUAAAGAAGCGCCUUAUAGUACAUUACGAUAUGUGCACACACUUGACACAGAUGAAAAGGCCUAUUAUUAUGGCCCUUUAAAUGUGUUAACAUAGGCACGUAAAGUGCUAAUUACCGCACUAGUACGUUAAAGUAGCGCCAUGUAAAAAAAAAAAUAAGUAGUCAAAUUAUCCAAAUGUAAUUUUAACCAUAUGCGUAAAUGAAUAAAACUUAUAUUUCCUUAUGGAAUGUUCUUAUACUUUUUAAACUGAGAUUUUAUGUGGCAGUUAUUACGUUAUCGUAUUCUUAUGAUGUAAAAUCUGCAUUUGUACUUGUCAAUAUAGUAUGUCUUAUGACACUAUUCACUUCGCCGUGUAUGCGCAAAAACGUUUCUGCAUCUUGU